CUCUCUCACAGACCAAACACAGCAUCGUCCUCCGCUGCCUCGUCGCUCUCCUUCCCCUCUUCCCCCGGUAAGACUCGGAUUCCCUCGCUGCAAUCAUGGUGGUGAUGAAGAUGAAGUUCCCCUUUCAAAAAAGGGUGAAGCUGGCCCAGGGACUGUGGAUGCUCUCCUGGUGUGCCACAGUUGCCGGGGCUACAACUUUCACCCUUGGGUGCCUCCUCAAGACGGAGCUCCGCAGGAGGGCAGAGGUUAUGGAUAACACAGAUAUACAUAUUGUGCCCAAUACCCUCAUGAUUGUUGGUCUGGCUUCCUUGGGCAUCAACUACUUUGCGUCAAAGAUCUGUCAGGACGCAUUGGAUGCUGGGAAGUUUCCUCGCUGGAAGAACUUCUUGAAGCCCUACUUUGCCGUGUCUUGCUUCUUCACCGUGCUCAUGCUGCUGUCUGUCAUCAUGAGCUAUGCAAUGAAAGGCAGUCUGGAGUAUUCUCUGAAGGUUGGCCUGAGGAACGGCAUCCGCUUCUACAAAGACACAGACACCCCAGGCCGCUGCUUCCAGAAACAGAACAUCGAUCGCCUGCAGAUGGAGUUUCAGUGCUGUGGAAACAACGACUUCAGGGACUGGUUUGAGGUCCAGUGGAUCAGCAACCGCUACCUUGAUUUCAACUCUAAGGAAGUGAAAGACCGCAUCAAGAGCAACGUGGAUGGCCGUUACCUGGUGGAUGGGGUCCCAUUUAGUUGCUGUAACCCCAGCUCUCCACGGCCAUGCAUCCAGUAUCAGCUCACCAACAACUCAGCUCACUAUAACUAUGACUACCUAACUGAAGAGCUCAACAUCUACCUUCGAGGUUGCAGAGAGGCUCUGGUUCACUACUACAUGGGCUUGAUGAACACCAUUGGGGCUGGAGUGUUGUCAAUCUUCCUCCUACAGGGCUCUGUGCUGGUGAGCUUGCGCUUCCUGCAGACCUCCAUGGAAGCAGUUGCAGGAAAGGAAAACACAGAGAUCGAGACAGAAGGUUACUUGCUGGAGAAAGGAGUGAAGGACACCGUCAUGGAGUACCUUAACCCUGUGCUGAGCGUACUCCUGCUUAAAAACCAGGUGCAAGAAGGCACUGCUGGAGAGGGCGCCCCUGCUACCACCUAAACCAUUAUGUACACACACACACACAUGUAAAUAAUUUUUACAAAGAGAGGGCAACUAAUAAAUUAUUUUAAUUUAAAGAGAGAACACAAAUAAUACAUUUCUAUGAAUUUCACAAAGUUAGAGAUAGCAUUUUUUAUUUUCAGAUGGCUAUCAUCACAGGUAAGAUUAAUGAAAGCCCUUCAAAUGCCAUCCUGGUAUCUUUAUUGCCAGAAAAGGGACCCAAUGAAGUUGUAAUAAACCCGCAAUUUCUCCAGGUUUUGGAACACUUCUCAAAACAAUCAACAGGACACCUUUUUAUUUUGUUACUUAUCCAUUUUAUUUUUCCUGUUAUCUGAUGUACACAAACGGUUAAUCCCUCAUGUACUGUAUUUGUUUACAUUCACUUUAUUGCUUUUUUUAAUUUUAAGUGAUGUGCACUGCUAAAUGCAUCCUAACAAUCCUUUAAUUAGUCAAAAGCAAUAAAACAAUCCCUUUUCAAUCAAUGAAAAGCAGUAUUUGAUGAGGCAGUGUACAAAAAUGAUUUUCUGGUCUUAUAAAUACAAAGAUGUAAAGCUGACUGUAGAGAGACAUGAAGCCCAAUGCUCUGCUGCGCAACAGGACUAUGACAUAAUUUAACAGAGGACUUAUUAAAGUUUGAAGUUAAUCAAUGCCUUGUGGAGUGGAGUCACUUUUUCUUUCUUUUUCUAAUUUAAAUAAAGCUCAUGCAGAUAUUUCAGCCUUCAUAACAGGCACUCCAAGAUGCUUCCCUCUCCCUUUCUCUCUUCUUCAAGUCAGUGGAAGAAAUAGGAUUAGGGAGAUUGAUUAAUCGAUGUCAGUAAUGCAGUCAAAGCCAUCAAGUGUGUCCCCUGUUGUGACACCUUUGUUAAAGCUGCUAAGCCCAUUUGCUGCUGUAAUCCCCAACCUGCUGCCCUUGCAUUUACUCACCUGCAUCAGGUAGAUGUAAGAUGUUGAUUGAACUGUGCAAAGGCUUUGACUGCUUCAUAUUUAGAUGCUGAAAAAUAGAAUUAUGGAAUCAAAGUGAAAUGCAAAAUACAAUUUCAAACAUGCUUUAGUUUGUGUUGAUAAAGAAACUUUCUGAUUUAAGGAAAAAAUAUCAUUAUACUGUGAUGUAUUAUUCCUUAAUUUCCCAAGGUUUAGUCAAAA